AUGUUUUUAUGUUUUUCUAUUGCAAUUUUUAAGCAAGGCAUUAAAUUAUCACAUAACAAUGCUCUUCUACCAUUCAGAAGAGAUAGCACAUCAGUAAUGCCCUCGUUUGUUAUAUCAAAUAUCCAAGAUUCAUGCGUAAAUUGGUCAUCAUCAAAUCCUUCGAUUUUAAAAGUUACUCCAAUAAAAGAUAAUGACAAAUGCUAUAAAUCUGCGAAAGUUGAAGUUCUAUAUACUGGAAUGACCCGAAUGAAUACUUUAAUUAUAGCUGAAAAUGAAGCAGGAGAGAAACAAUCAUGCAAUGUUUAUAUUGAUGAAGUCAAAGAGAUCGAAAUUCUUACAUCUACUCGAACUGUUUACGUUGAUAGUUAUUCACAAACAAUAUCCUUACAGGGAUUCGAUGGAAAACAGAACAUUUUUACAUCUAUUGGACAUGAAGCAAACUGGCAAUAUGAUUCCAAUUACUUUAUUCUCGAUAAAAAUUCAAUUCAAAAAGAUCCAUUAAAUCCAACAUUAAGUUUGAAAGGAAUUUCAGUCGGAAAAUCUACGAUACAAGCUAAGUUAUUCAAUUUGGUUGCUACAGCAGAAAUUUCUAUUGUUGAACAAAUAAAUUUGUAUCCACCAAAUUAUAUCAGAGUUUUACCGGAUGUUAACUUACCAUUCCACUUAUGCACAAACUUGGCGACAUCAUUAUCCCAAUGCAAACCAAUAAAUAAAGCAAAUCAAAAUCAAUUUACUUUUUCUUCAUCGAACAAACAAAUAAUUACUAUAAACAACGAAGGUCUAUCUCAUACUCAUGAACUUGGUGUUGCUUCUAUCAUUGCAAGUGACCUUCUUUCCGAUGAUAACACUGCAACAACAAUUGUCAACGUAACUUUACCAUAUUCAGGCUAUCAGAAAGACCAAUACAUAUUACAAGGCACUGAUCCUGUAUUUUCUCCCAAAGUUUUCGAUGAAUUUGGCCAAGAAAUUUACGGAUCAGAUCAAAUUGAGUGGACAAUCACAGGAAAAUGGUCAGAACUAGGUGAGAACACAAUUACUUUCUCUUAUUUCUCAUUCUCAUUCACUUGUUUAGUCAUUGUGUGUCCUCCAAUCAAAAUUAAUCCGGAUUUAAUCGUUUUGCCACCAAAAAGUAACUGGUUUAUUUACGGUUUGACAGGCGGUUCUGGCCACUUCAAUAUUUCGGUAAAAGACACAAAAAUAGCUGAUGCUGGUAACCGCCAAAUCCGUUCUAAUUCAAAUAUUGGUGAAACCGAAUUAAUCGUUGCCGAUAACAUGAUUAACGGUUUGACAGCCAGUUGUAAGGUAUUGGUUUCACCUGUUAAGAGUUCUUAUAUUGUAUUAGAUGAGAGGGAGAAAUACGUGAAUGAGAAAUUCCUUCCUUUGUGUGGAUUCACAAGUGAAAGUGGCCACAAUUAUUCCAUAACUUUGCAACACGAAAUAUUGUCAACAAACAUUUUAAUUGUUGACCAACAGAUGAUGUCGAAAUCUCCUGGUUUCACAAAAUUGUUUUGUAUGUCAAAUAAUGUCAAAACCGAAGAAAUAACCGUUUCUGUCAUUGACAAACUUGAAUACAAAAUAAAAGGAAUUGCUUCUCCAAAUUCUCACAUUCCUCUACAUUAUACAGGGGGUUCCUUAAAAUGGCAGAGUCUGUCACCCCCUCAAAUAGAGAUUUCAUGUGAAAAUAUUGCAGCAACUCUUUCAAAACAUUAUUUCUCUGUUGACAAAGAAUAUGAUGGUUUAUGUACUCUCAAAAUACGAAACAAAGCUUGUUCAAUAAAUCCGUUACCGGUUAGAUGUGAAGUGAACUUUGAAUUGCAUGUUUCUAAUGUUCAAUAUUUGAGAAUUAUUCCUGUUGACCAAUUAAACAGUAACAAAGACAUAGAAAAGUGUAAUUUAAUCAGAAGUGGAGUGAAAAUAACAAAUGAAGUCAAGAAUUUAUAUAAUGUUGUUUCUAAUCAUUUGAUUUCAUUUUAUGUUUAUUGUUUCAAUGCUAGAGAUGAAAUCAUCAACUAUUACUCUGCAAAUCCCAUAACUUUCACUGCUGAUGAUACAUUCAUCGAAAGAGUUUUAAUUGAUGAAGAUACUGGUUAUUCAGUUUACAAAAUAAAAGUGACAAAAACAAUUGAUGUUCUUGCACACACAAAUAACGCAAUAGAUAGUAGUGUAACAAUUAAUGUUAUAUCUCCUAUAAUUGUUGAAUCUUCAAAAAUUGUUUAUUUCACGAAAAAUAUGAAAAGUAAUUUCGCAAUUACAGGUGGCAGUGGAAUUUUCAGUGUUUUCGGAAAUAACGCAGUAAUUAAUGACAAUGGAACAUUCACUGUCAAACCGCAAACCGUUGGUCAUUAUGAAUACAUUAUUUCUGACAAUUGUACUGACCAAGAACCUGUCAAAACCGCAUUGGAUGUUGUAACCAUUGACCAUUUAGAAAUUGAAUGUCCAAGAAAGGUAAUUGUUAAAAGUGAAACUGUGAUAACUGUUAAUGCUUAUACAUCUACGAAUAGAUUGAUUCCUGAGAGUGUUUUAGAACGUGCAAAUAUAGAAUUGAUUGAACCAAAAUAUUGCGAAAGAAUUUCUUUCAAUAAAUGGAUUUAUAAACCAGAUUCUCUUGGUGAUAAAACAGUUACUGCAACAGCAACUGGUUGUUCAAAGGCAACAAAGAUAAUAACUGUUGUUGAACCAAUUGUUGUUAAUCCACAAUACAUCAUUUUGAUGCCAAAAGAAAUUUUCGAAAUUGACAUCAAAGACAUUAAAUAUGAUGUCACUUUUGUAUCUGAUGAUGUCAGUAUUUCAAGAGUUUAUGGUAACUCAAUUGUUGCUGUUUCUCCUGGAAACACAACUGUUAAAGUUUUCUGUCCUUAUGAAACAGCAAUUCCCCCUGCAAUUAUUUAUGUCAGAGUUUUGAAACCAAUUGAAAUUUUGAUAGAACGUUCUUCAGAUAUUGUUGUGAGUGGUGGUUUGUUAUUUGCAUCUUUCAUCAUCAAAACAGAUUUGGAUGAUAGAUAUCCUUUGUAUUCAGAAAUUACUGUACAAGGUUCUGAAUAUUCAGCUGUUAAUUCUUCUCAUAUUAUCCUUGAAUGCGAAAAUCCAGGUUUAGUAACGAUAUCUUGUAGUUGCUACAAUUUGUAUAAUUCCGUCAAGUUCAGGAUUGAAGAAAAGUUUGAGUUGUUAUGUCCCCAAACUGUUUUGAUUUCUCAGGGAAGUUAUUUCGAGUUCAAAUCAAAGAAUGAUUUGCCUUUUGUUUUGUCUUCAAAUGAUAAUUCAAUUGUAACAAUUGAUGGACAUUUUGCUAAGUCUAUUUUCAACAAAGGAAUUACAACUAUCAACGCUGUUUGUGGUUUCCAACAGUGCUCUGUAAUUCUUGAAGUUAUUGAACCAGCAGCUGUUUUUCUUAAUAGAACAGCUAUUUUUGUUUUCAAAUGUUUAAUGGUUGACAAAUACGGAAGAUUUUACACUUCUCUUUCGGGUGUUUCUUUGGAAUUAAUGCCAGGAAAAGACUUUAGACAUGGUGCAUUUGAUGAUAAAGGAUUUGUACAGAUAUCUACUUCGGAAAACAAGAGUGUUGCUGUUACUUUAGUUGCGAAAACAAAUUUGUUUUAUAUUGAAAAAGAUUUCAUGAUUUCAACUACAUCUUUGAUUUCUCCUUCAGGAAGCAUCACUGUAAUGAAAGGAGCAGUUGUUCCAUUUACUUGUACAUCAAAUGAUGUUAAAUGGACAACAUCAGAUCCAAAGAUUGGAAAGAUAUCAAAUAAUGGGCAAUUUAAAGCGAUUUCUUCAGGAAAAGUUACGAUUUCUUGCGAUAAAAGUCUCAAAACAUCUGUAAAAGUUUUAUCGAUGAAGAGUUUGGGUUUAGAAAAGGUUGAUAUUGAUAAAUACCAAGUAAUUCCUGUAUAUGAUGAUAAUGAGCACGAUAAAAUUAUUUAUCCAAGUGAUAUUUCACUAGUUUGUUCUUGGGAUUCAAAUGAUUGUGGUCAGGUGAGGUCAAUUUACAACUCGAGUGGUUUCUUCUGUUUUGUUGAAAGAUUGAAACAUCAUAAAUGUCCGGAGUUUAGUAGAAUCAAGGCACAAAUUGCUUCACCUUCAUCUGCAUUACAUCUCAAGACAGACACGAACAUUCCUUUUGUAGGAGUUGUUGAUUUUGGAUAUCCAAACUGGCACCUUUUCGAAAUGGAAAAGGAUUCGAGGAAAUCUGUUUUAGAACUCAAUUUCGGAGAAGAUAAACUUGACUACAACUGUCCUGAUGGAUGGUCCAUCUCAUUCAGAGGAAGAAAUGCAAUUGUAAGAGCUCCAAGUGUAUUUAAAGGAACACAAAUAGUUACAUUUAAACACAAAGAAAGUGGAGAAAAACUUAAAUUAAAAUUUGCAAUUUCUGAACCUCAAAUAAUUAAAAAUGAAUCAAACGUAAUUGAUUCAUUAAAUGGGCAGAUCAUAAAUAUAGUAAUUCUCGUAUGUGCAAUACUAUUGAUCAUUGCAUUGACUAUAAUAUCAAAGAGAUAUUUCCAUGAUUAA